AUGAGCUCCUAUCUGCCCCUCAGACACACGGGAGCACACGCGAUGCCCCCAAACUCCCGAAACUCUGUUGGAAGUGAGGACAACGUCAUGCAUGGCCUAGGUGGCGUCAUGGACAGUGGGGGGUACAUGGAUCAUUUUCUCAACAUUCCAGAGAUUUGCCCCAGCGGCGGGUACAGAAAUCCCAGAUACUACAUGGGCACUUACAACGCCGACGCCUGUCGUAUGGAAGCACUACAGCAGCAACAUCAUCGGGCCCAUCACGACUUCAGGAUGGGCUUGCAAGGGGCCCGAGGCCCCUUCUAUCAGAACAUGAACAUGGGCAUCCGAUUUGGAGAAAACAUGGACACUCAUGUGGGUGCGAACUGUAUACCAGCACAGAACAGGGCAGACACGCUGUCUCCGUGCACCAAAGCUGUAGGCGUUGCGUCGGAUAAUGAAACGCCCUCGUUUUAUCCGUGGAUGUCCAUCGUAG